AAUCGAAUCGUUUUAAUUCAAUCGAAUGAAUCGAAUACAAUGAAUUAUUCGAUUUUCUGUAUUCAAUUCGUUCGUCAAUAGGUUGUAGUUCUAGUUUCUAAUGUUGAUAAUUUCCAAAUGGCAUUAAGGUUAAGAAAUCCAAAAAUUUCGGAGAAUUGUUAAUCAGAAAGUACUGCUGGCGGUUUUGUGGAAAUAAUUUUUUCAAAACUUUGAGAUGUGUUUUAUCUGAAAGUAGGAGAAAGCAACCAACAUACUUUAUCUGGUACCAAUAAUAUAUAUCCACACAAUGGCAUUCAACUAUGCAAACAUCCAUUCCAACAAUACGAAACGUCAUAAUGCGGUACCUCCACCUUCUAGUGGUGUUAGUAAACAGGGCUACUCAACAAUGAACGCAAUCAGUCAGAAUGCCCUCUCUGCAGCUUGGGGUGGUACAAGCAGGAAGAGAGCUGCUACGGAAGAUGAGUACUUUGAUGAUGAUGAAGAAGAAGCCGUUCCCGACUUGGCUUACAUCCCCGCUCCGGGAAGUCCGACUAGGAUUGAAAUGGAAAGGAAGAAGCAAAUUGAAGAGGAAGAAGAUGACCCACUGGAUGCGUACAUGGCAGGCAUUGAAAGACAGAUGGAGAAACAAACGCAAGCACCGCAGCAAUCAGGAGUACGUAAUGACUUGGAAGAAGAGGACGUAGAGGAGUCCUACUACCGAUACAUGGAAGAAAACCCCAAUGCAGGACUUCUUCCAGUAGACGAAGAAUUCCCCGAUCUGGAAUACGACUCAGAUGGCAAUCCCAUAGCACCAGAUAAAAAGAAAAUCAUCGAUCCUCUCCCUCCUAUCGAUCAUUCAGAAAUAACUUACGAACCAUUCGCGAAAGUGUUUUACGAGGAACAUCCCGAAAUUAAAGCGUUGGCGGUUGAUCAAGUGACUGAAUUGAGGAAAAUUAUAGACAUUACGGUAUCGGGUAAUUCACCGCCCAAACCUGUAUCUUCUUUUGCUCAUUUUGGGUUUGACGAUAAGCUGCUAAAGGCAAUCAUCAAAGCGGAGUAUAGUUCCCCAACACCGAUCCAAGCGCAGGCCAUUCCUUGUGCUCUCAUGGGCAGGGAUGUGCUGGGAAUUGCACAAACAGGUAGUGGUAAAACUGCAGCAUUUCUAUGGCCGAUGAUAAAACAUAUAGCAGCUCAAAAGCCAGUUGAAGAAGGAGAAGGUCCAAUCGGUCUAAUUUUGGCUCCUACUAGAGAAUUGGCAAUCCAGAUAUAUACAGAGGCUAAGAAAUUUGCAAAAGUGUAUGAUUUGAAAGUUAUUUGUGCUUAUGGAGGAGGAUCAAAAUGGGAACAAAGUUUGGCUCUGAAAGAAGGAGGCGAAAUAGUCGUAGCAACACCCGGAAGAAUAAUCGACCACAUUAAAGGCGGAGCUACGAAUCUACAGAAAGUCACAUUCCUUGUUCUUGAUGAGGCAGACAGAAUGUUCGAACUCGGUUUUGAACCGCAAGUUCGAUCUGUUUGUAAUCACGUUCGUCCAGAUAGGCAGACACUCUUGUUUUCAGCGACAUUCAGAAAAAGGAUUGAGAAGUUAGCGAAGGAUGCUCUAACAGAUCCCAUCAAAAUCUCUCAGGGAACCACAGGACAAGCCAACGAGGACGUUACUCAACAUGUGCUGUUAUUGCCUAGUCAGGAGUACAAAAGGAUUUGGCUAUUCAAGAAGCUUGUCGAGCUUUUGUCUGCUGGCUCAGUGUUAGUGUUUGUUACUAAAAAAUUGGACGCUGAAAUGGUAGCAAAAGAUAUCAAGUUGAAAGAAUUUGACUGUCUAUUAUUACAUGGAGACAUGGAGCAGGCGGAUCGUAAUAAAGUAAUAACAGCCUUCAAGAAAAAGGAGUGUUCUCUAUUGGUGGCUACCGAUGUUGCUGCCCGCGGUUUGGACAUCCCUCACGUCAGAACAGUUGUUAAUUAUGAUAUAGCGAGAGAUAUCGAUACUCACACCCACAGAAUCGGUAGGACUGGAAGGGCUGGCACCCAGGGUACUGCUUAUACGUUACUCACUGUCAAAGAUAAGGAGUUUGCCGGUCACAUCGUAAGGAAUUUGGAGGCUGCUCAUCAAGAAGUGCCACAGGACGUUUUGGAUUUGGCGCUGCAGAGUUCUUGGUUCAAAAAACAAAGGUACCGAAAGAAAGAUCAAAAUCCCAAUGUGGGAGGAUUGGGACUUGGAUUCAAAGAGAAGGCAUCCGUGCCUUCAAAUUCAUCAGGUUCCGCACCAUCUCAAAAAUCCCAGGUUUCUAGAGGACCAGCGACUGACAGAUUAUCAGCGAUGAAAGAAGCGUUUAAGACUCAGUAUCAGAAUCAGUUUACUGCUAGUUCAGACCAACCUCCCCCACCGGUUUCAAGGAAGAAAACAAGGUGGGAGUAGAUUUUCCGUAUUUAAUUCCUAAAUUACUGGUAGGUUCUAAAAAUUACUAAAAGAGUAUGGAUUUAGAUGUUUCUGUUGUUAUUGUUGUUGUUUCCGGCUGAUUUGAAGCUGGUUUUUUUCAGUCUUGUAUAUCCAUUGAGUUUUUUUAUUGAAUCCUCAUCAAAUAAAAUUGUCAGCGAGAUUUUUUUUUGUUUUUUAUCAAUUGGAAAGUUUGUCACUGUAAGAAAUGUAAUUAUACAUUCAAUAGAAUUUAUUCACAGUAAA